GGUUUAACGAGCGACCCUGUUAACUGAUGACUGUCAGCUGAACCUAUCGUUGGUUGUUAUGGUUACACUGGAGCGGUUGAAAAUGAGGAGGGGCGGGCGUCUGUCUUCUCACACUAACUACGAUAACACGGGACACGUUCAGCGGAAGGUCAUCAGUUAACACGGUCGCUCUUUACAACGAUACACCGGUCCUAGAGACGAGCCUCAAACCAGCUGACUUCUGUGGACGUAAUGGGAGGAAAGAAGAAGAAAGCGGCGGCGCAAGCUGCUACCCCCGGAGCCCCGGCUGGAGCAGCAGGCAGGACUGGUGCCACUGCACCGGGCAACGGCGUGGCGGAAGACCCGAAGAAACAGCCAGUCGGCAACAAACCGAGCAAAGCAGCCAAAGAAAACAAGUCAAAAGCUCCAAAAACCUAUAGUCUUGCCAACACUGCCCAGGUUGACACAAGUGGAGUGUCAGACAAGUCUAUCCUCAAAGUUGCUAUCCAAGCUGACCUUGAGAAGAAGAUCAUCAAACUGAUCAAUGACUUCAGAGAGGAAAAUGGAGACAAAGGACCAAUAUCAGGCAGACUAACGAGCAAAAAGUUGCUGGACCUGUACACAGCUCUGCAGAAAUUCAACUUUAAGAGAGAACACAUAGAGGAGGCGAUGAAGAGUAGCGUGCUGUAUGGAGGGGAUCUCCACUCUGCUCUUGACUGGCUCUGCCUCAACCUUAGAGAUGAGGAGCUGCCGGAGGGUUUUAGCCAGCAGAUGCAGGAAGAGAGUCAGAAGAGCAGGCCUAGGUUUCAGCCUCCGGCUCAGCAGAAACCUGCAGCACAAAGCCCCAAAGCUGCCAGCAGGACCAGCAAAGAAUCAACCAAGGAGACAGAAAAGGAUGAAGCUGUCAGCAUGAAGGACUGGAUUUUAAGGUAUGCAGAGCAGAGCAGUGAUGAAGAGGAGGAGGACGAGGAAGAGGAAGGAGGGAGGAAGGCUGCACGAAAUCCUGAAUUGGAUGAAAAGUUUGAUCCGAAUGACAGGUAUUUAAUCCUCACUGCUCAACUGUAUGACACUAAAGAAAUGGCCACUGCUUCAAAGACAAAAGGAGACAAACAGGGCCAGAGGAUGGCACAGGACAGGAUACGCAUCAUACAGCAAGAAAUGAAGCAGUUGGAGUCCCACCCCAUGUUCAAUUCAGCUAUAAAAGUGGUAGAUGCACCUCAGAAGGAGAAGAAAACAGCCCCAGUGAGUCAAGACAAAGAAGAUUUUGGCUUUAACUUGUUUGAACAAGCUGAGAAGGCUCCUCCUGCAGAGAAAGUUGUGAAAAAGAAUGAGCCAAAGGACAUCCGUAACUUUGAUUACACCGCUCGCAGCUGGACUGGAAAGUCUCCCAAACAGUUUCUUAUUGACUGGGUCAGAAAGAACCUGCCCAAGAGUCCAGCGCCAGCUUUUCACAAGGUCGCUGCUGGGAGAUACUGGAGAUGCAAGGUGCGAAUUCAAAAGCCAGAUGAUGUUCUUGAAGUUUGUCCGACCAUCCUGACUGAAGACAGCAUGCAGGCUCAACACCUAGCAGCCACACUGGCCCUCUACACUCUGGUUAAAGGACAGUCGGUGCACCAGCUCCUCCCUCCCACCUACAGAGACGUGUGGCUGGAGUGGAGAGACAGUGAGCAGCAGCAGCAGGAAGAGAGCCGCACCGCUGCCAACAAACCCCGAGACCAGUUCAUCUCACGGCUUCUGACUAGACUUAAACAGCAGCAGAACCAGAACCAAGGGCAGGGUUCUGGAUCCAUGGGACUGCAAGGGCAGGACGGAGAUGGAGACGAAGAGCCUGAGGAGUCCUGGGAAAACUUGGCUGGUCUUGAACUUGGGGAGCGAGGAGAGGAAGUGGAGGAGAAGAGUGAAAGAAGAGGAGGCAGGAAGGAAGGUGCAUUUCAGACAUCCAGAGAGCUCUUUCAGAAGCUGAAGAAGUCCUCACUGGCCCAAAAGCUGCAGGCAGAGCGAGAGCAGCUCCCAGUGUUUCAGCAUCGCCACAGAGUCCUGGAAGCUCUGCAGCGCCACCCUGUGGUGGUGGUAGCAGGUGAGACAGGCAGCGGGAAGAGCACUCAGAUUCCUCAGUUCCUCCUGGAGGAGCUGUUAACAGGAAGCAAAGAGCCCAAACCCUGCAACAUCGUGGUGACACAGCCACGCAGAAUCUCUGCCAUGAGUCUGGCCAGCAGAGUCAGCCAGGAGAUUGGGUGUGAGGACGGACCAGGGGCGAAGUCAUCACUGUGUGGAUACCAGAUCCGGAUGGAGAAUCAGUCUGGGGAGUGGACCCGCCUGCUCUACUGUACAACUGGAGUUCUGCUUCGAAAACUGCAGCAUGAUCGGCACCUCAGCUCCCUAACACACAUCAUAGUAGACGAGGUCCAUGAGCGUAGUGUUCAGUCAGACUUCCUGUUAACUAUACUCAAAGAUGUUGUCAUGAGGAGGUCAGACCUACAGCUGAUCCUGAUGAGCGCCACAGUGGACUGUGACAAGUUCUCCAACUACUUCAACCGCUGCCCCAUCAUCAACAUCCCAGGCAGGACAUUCCCAGUUGAAGUGUUCCACUUAGAAGACAUAGUGGAGGAGACGGGCUACGUCCUAGAAAAAGACUCGGAGUACAGCCAGAAAAUUCUGGAGGAAGAGGAAGAAGUUAGCGUCUCUGUCACUCAAAAAGGUGGCAAGACGUUACAGCACCAGGAGUUUAUCGUAAGAGACUCAUCCUCCGGCUGGGACCUGGGCCCAGAUCUGGACCACUUCAGCAGCAGGACUCGGCAUGUGCUGCAGUACAUGAACCCUAACAAGAUCAACAUGGACUUGAUGGUUGACCUCAUCGACUACCUGGAAAAAUCCCCACAGUUUGCAAAAGUAGAAGGAGCUAUUCUCGUGUUUCUUCCUGGUCUAGCUCACAUCCAGCAGCUCUUUGACCUGCUCACUACAGACAAGAGGUUUAAGGACAAAAACAGGUACAAAAUUGUUGCACUGCACUCUACUCUCUCAUCAAAGGAUCAGGCUGCUGCAUUUACAGUGCCACCUGCUGGAGUCAGAAAGAUCGUCUUGUCCACGAACAUUGCUGAGACAGGUGUCACUAUUCCUGAUGUCGUGUUUGUCAUCGACACAGGGAAGACAAAAGAGAACAAGUACCAUGAGAGCAGCCAGAUGAGUUCUCUGGUAGAAACUUUUGUCUCCAAAGCCAGCGCCCUCCAGAGGCAGGGCAGAGCAGGACGAGUGCGAAAUGGCUUCUGCUUCAGACUCUACCCAAAAUACAGGUUUGAUGCUUUCAUGGAUUACUCCAUUCCUGAGAUUCUGAGGGUCCCACUGGAGGAGCUCUGCCUCCAUAUAAUGAAAUGUCAGUACGGCUCACCGGAGGACUUCCUGAGCCGGGCGCUGGAUCCUCCUCAGCCUCAGUCCGUCAGUAACGCCGUCAACCUGCUGAGAAAGAUCGGUGCUUGUCAUUUAAACAAUCACAUCCUCACUCCUCUGGGACAUCACCUGGCCAGUUUACCUGUGAAUGUGAAGAUCGGCAAGAUGCUCAUCUAUGGAGCCAUCCUCGGCUGCUUGGAGCCCAUUGCAACCAUCGCAGCAGCCAUCACAGAGAAGUCUCCUUUUUCCACACCUAUGAACAGGAAGGAGGAAGCAAACCUGGCCAAAUCCGCUCUAGCAGUCGCAAACUCAGAUCACCUGACAAUAUACAACGCUUAUUUAGGGUGGAAGAACUCUCAGACUGAGAGAACAGAAAUGUCCUACUGUAGGAAACACUUCCUCAAUCGCACAGCUCUGCUCACAAUCGAGGAUGUGAAGUACGAGCUGAUGAAGAUGAUGGAGCAGGCAGGGUUCUGGUCGUCCCGCUCCUCAUCAAGCUCCAAGUCACAGGCCGCCUCUCUUUCCAAGCAGCAGAUCUCCGUACUGAAUGCCGUGUUGACAGCAGGGCUUUACGACAGCGUGGGUCGUGUCUUAUGCACUCCCUCAGUGGAUGUUCUGGAGCGAGUGGCCUGCACAGUAGAGACGCCACAGGGGAAGGCUCAGGUCCACCCCUCGUCUGUGAACCGUAAUCUGCAGACGCACGGCUGGCUGCUGUACCAGGAGAAGGUGAAAUACACAAAGAUCUACCUGCGAGACACCACUCUGAUUCGCCCUUUCCCUAUGCUGCUGUUUGGAGGAGACAUUGAUAUCCAGCAUAGAGAGAGGCUUAUCACGCUGGACAGUUGGAUUCACUUUCAGGCUCCCGUACGGAUCGGUGUCAUCUUCAAACAUCUGCGGAAACUGAUGGACUCUCUGCUUGAGAAGAAGCUGGAGAAUCCCAGGAUGAAUCUGGAAGGUGAAAGGACCAUCCAGCUGAUUCUGGAUCUGAUCAAAUCUGAGCACACUGUGUGAUAUCAGACCACCAAAGGAUCUGACUGCCACUGAAGAACCUGCAAACCAGAACCUUAUCUUACAACUUCCUCAGAUCUCCGCAUGCUGUAGUCCUGGGGAUGAAGUGUUUUCUCUUUUUCUUACUCUGAUGUGCAGGAUGAAUGCACCCAGUAAACAAAGAUGAACUGAUUACCAAGGAUGUUUACUCACAUUGAGGAGGACUGUAUUAUAUGUAAUGCAAAGAUAAAUGCUGAAAUUUGAGAAGAAAAAAAAACCCUGAGAGAAUAUUAUGUUGUUAAAAGCGCUGAAA